GGCGACAGCCAGGAGGUGCGGGCGGAACUGUUCAGCGCAACAAUAUUUGCUUGUGGGGUAGUAACACUGCUACAGUGUAGCGUUGGAGUUAGACUUCCAAUCAUCCAAGGCAGUAGUUUUUCCUUCAUAGCACCUUUAAUAGCCAUGCUCACAAUUGAGGGAAUGAAAUGUCCAGAAAACGUGCCAUACGAGCUCUUGCAGUCGGUUUUAUUUGCGCUAUUUACAUGAGAAAUGUGCAAGCUCCCUUCCUGUGGUGGAACCGCGCCAGUGGCUGCCAUAAAACCAGCUGUCAGAUAUUUGUAUUGAUACCGGCAAUAUUUAUGAUAGUGAUUGCCUGGAUAGUGAGCCUCAUUCUGACUUUAACUGGAGUUCUCCCUGACGACCCUGGACACCCCCAAUACAAGGCACGGACGGACGCUUACGUGGACGGCAUUUACACUGCAAAGUGGUUCUUCUUCCCUUAUCCAGGCAGAUAUGGCUUACCCACCGUUAGCGUAGGGGGUGUGGUCGGCAUGAUGGCCGCCACCAUAGCUUCCACCAUAGAGUCUAUAGGGGACUACCACGCAUGCGCCAGUGUAUGUGAGAUGCCAUCCCCUCCCUCUCACGCCGUCAACAGAGGCAUACUCACUGAAGGGAUCGGAAGUAUUAUAGCAGGAAGUAUAGGGACUGGACAUGGUACAACCUCCUUCAGUCAGUGCAUUGGAAUCAUUGGAAUUACUAAAGUCGGCAGUUUGAGGGUGUUCCAGACAGCAGGUAUGUUGAUGAUAGUUCUUGGAGUCAUUGGAAAGUUUGGUGCCACCCUGGCAGCCAUUCCCGACCCCAUCCAAGGCGCCAUUAUCACCCUGGGGUUAGCCAUGGUAAUCUCGGUGGGUCUGUCAAACCUGGAGUUCAUCGACAUGAGAUCCUCCCGUAAUAUGGCUAUCCUAGGAACAUCACUGAUGUGUGGCCUUCUGGUACCGUACUGGAUGAGGAAGAAUCCAACAGCGGUCAGAACGGGUGUAAAUGAGAUUGACCAACUGUUCGCAGUUUUUUUGACCACACCCAUGUUCAUAAGUGGACUAUUGGGGUUCUUCUUGGAUAAUACAGUCCCUGGUACUAUGGAAGAAAGAGGAAUAAAAAGAUGGAAAGAGAGUCUCUCUGGAAACUCUGCAGCGGUUUUGCAAGGAAGCCUCAAAGAUUACGACAUUCCUUUCGUGUCCGCAUGGAUGAGAAAAAUAAAAUGUUUUAAGCUCGUGCCUUUCUUACCGCCGUAUGACGAGAAAAACUUGCAACUGUGCCGCAGCCUUUUCAGAAGGAUCAAAAGCAAACAAAAUCGAUAAUUUUUAGAGCACAUUGUUAGUAGUUUAUGUUACACUAAUUAUUGUAAUAAAAAAAAAACAAGAUACGGGGUAGAACAGCCCUAAACAAAGGAACAUCUAAGAUGCGGAACACUCAAAUGUUAAAGCAUGCAAAUAGUGUUGGACCGUUUAUUCGUGUAGAAAAAAUAUGAAAUUUCUUUAUCAAAAAACUUCAGCUAAAUAGACGUUUCGUUGUUGGCGAUUCCACUGUUCGUCGCCUUGUGAGGGCUGUUGACAUGGCCGAAGUGCCUGAUAUCGAGGGGGCUGCCACGGUACGCUGCCGGGCAGCACCCCAAGAGUUGUACACGGCGCUGGCGGACCUGGUCAGCCCCGUUCUGCAGGCUGGU